GGUAGCAUGGCGGCCGUUUGGUGUGUGUGUGUGAAACAGUUAAAGUCUCGAAUAAUUUAUUUAAAAGCGAUUAAAUUGAGCAAAUGUUGUUAAAAAGCCAAGUUUCAAGUGCCUGAGAGUAUAAAUUCAGUGAGAAAUGUUCCGGUUUCUUAGCGGCCGCAAAAAUCGUACAAACACCCGCACAAACGGAACCAGCGAAAUAAAACCGACAAAAUUAAUAAACAAGAACUUGAUUUUGUGUCGUGUUAUUCUUCUUGAUGGCACCGAUUUAUCUGUGGAAUUAUCAAAAAAGGCCGAAGCCAGGGAUCUUUACGAGCAGGUCUUCUACUCCCUGGACUUGAUUGAAAAGGACUACUUCGGGCUGCAAUACACCGAUGCAAAUCAUGUUAAACAUUGGCUCGAUCCCACAAAAUCCAUAAAAAAACAAAUUAAAAUCGGCCCUCCGUACACUUUGAGAUUAAAAGUCAAGUUUUACUCAUCUGAACCCAAUAACUUAAGAGAGGAGUUAACACGGUACCAAUUUUUUUUGCAACUCAAACAAGAUAUAUUAGAGGGGAAAUUAGAGUGCCCGCAUCAGACUGACGUUGAAUUGGCGGCUUUAGCUCUACAGUCCGAACUGGGGGACUACGAUGAGUCUCAGCACACCGCAGCCACCGUUUCCGAGUUCCAUUUCGUCCCUAACCAAACCGAAGAAAUGGAAAUCGAAAUAUUGGAAGAAUUUAAAAAACUGCGUGGUUUAACACCAGCUCAAGCCGAACUAAGUUAUUUAAACAAAGCAAAAUGGCUUGAAAUGUACGGUGUUGACAUGCACACCGUUUUAGGCAAAGAUGGAAUGGAAUAUCGUCUUGGUUUAACACCAACUGGAAUUUUAGUUUUCGAAGGUAGUCAAAAAAUCGGUCUUUUUUUCUGGCCAAAAAUCGGAAAACUCAAUUUCAAAAAGAAGAAAUUAACACUUGUGGUCGUCGAAGAUGACGAUCAAGGACGAGAACAAGAACACACUUUUGUGUUUCGUUUGCAUAAUGAAAAAGCGUGCAAACAUUUAUGGAAAUGUGCUGUUGAACAUCAUGCUUUUUUCCGACUUCGAGCGCCUGUUAAGGGGCCUUCAGCACGACAGAAUUUCUUCAGAAUGGGUUCGAGGUUUCGCUAUUCGGGAAGGACCGAAUACCAGAGCACACAUCAUAACAAACCGAGACGAAGCGUCCAAUUGGAGCGGAGGCCGAGUCAGAGGUAUGGACGCAGACAGAGUCAUGUUUUAAGAGAGAAACAGAAGAUGGAACAGGCCAAUGAAAAUGAAAAUAAAGCCGAAAACAACGAACCGAGUUCGAGUAGAUGUAGUGUGAGGUCGAAUGGGGGUGUUGAAUCGCUAGGGAAGGGGUCAGUGGGACAAAAUUCCUUCGGGAAGGGGUCCAUAGGUUGCAAUUCUUACAGUCCUGUUUUGUCAACUGGAAGCAAAAACGGUACCUUGAAACGAAAUUCAACCCCAACAAGUCCAAAUAAUGACAUCCAGCUUGAUUUUCUCCUGAAAAGUUUAGCGAAAGAAACGCAAAAAGAUGAGACCCGAAAUGAAAUUAAUAACAAAGAUGUGAAGGAUGAUGAACCGAAGAAUAUAGCAAAACCUUUACCUCCAGGACAACUUAAGUGCAACGUACUGAAAGCAAAACUGGAGGAGGGGACAAAACUGACGAAUCAGAUGUUUGUGGCGGCGGUGGCCAACGAUGAGGCGAAUUUAAAUUCCUUGAAUGCUGCAACUUUCGUCUCAGUGGGAGGCGAUAAAUUAACAUUAUCGGUAACAGGUCCCCCCAACCCCAUCCUAAACAACGACGAUAAAAAACGAUGCGCGACCCCAGUCACUGUAACAUUUUUCGGUCAUAAUGACAGCGGUAAACUCGAAAAAGUCAUGUUGAACAAUCACGAAAAACAACCGUUGAGUUUAUUGAGCACUGAUUCGCAAAUUAGUGAUAGCGAGUCGAGUGCUUCUACGAAUAAUUCGAAUCCCUUCGCGACGUAUUUGACGGCGGAGACGAAUCCCUUCCAAGGUCUUAAUCCCUUCCUUACUAACAAUCCCUUCAGGAGCGAGGAGGAGAAAGAUGAGGAGAAGUCCGAAGUGGAUGAGUCGAUUAAGAGCAUCGAUGAGGAUAAUAAUGUGAAAACACCAACGACAGUUACACCACCUUUGAGCAAAUUAUCACCGUGGUUGGUGUCUCAGGAGGUCGUGUCUUCACCUGUUUCGAAAGUUAACACGACUGAAACAACUAUUAUUCGAAAAUCGGUCAUCACAACACAGUUAUAAAAUCUGGUGCUUGUUUCUCAAUGUGAUAAAAUUUCCUCUCGCAAUAUUUUAAGUACUUAAAAUAUGGUUUUUAUUUUGUAUAUUUAUGUAGAUUAGGUUUUAAAUUUUUUAUCAUACUGUAUUUUAUACCACAUUUUUUCGACGUGCCUUCCAGUAUUUCAUCAAUUGAUUUUUAUAAAACGGGAAAUUUUCGAAGUGCCAUUUUAUAAAGUUUGUAAUCAAUUUUAUGAACCGAUCCGUCCUUUUGAUGAAAUUAUCGAUUCUUUAUACAAAUAAAUAUUUAUAUAAUGUUA